AUGAGUGUUUUUUCUUCGCUUUUAAAAAUAUACGCCAAAUCUGGACAGAUAAAUUCAACCGUAGCGCACCACUUUGCUCUUAUUCUAUUCAAUUGUUUCAACACAUUCGCAUUUACCUUUACCAUGCAACGACAACUUGUUUUUCUCGUUGUCAGUAUUGUUCUUUUCGGUAUUAGUUACACAUCAGCUGCCAAUUGGGCUGUGCUAGUAGCCGGUUCAAAUGGCUGGUACAACUACCGUCAUCAAUCUGAUGUUUGUCAUGCUUAUCAAAUCUUACACAAAAAUGGCAUUCCAGAUUCUAACAUCAUUGUUAUGAUGUAUGAUGACUUAGCUAAAAAUUCACAAAAUCCAACGAAAGGUAUCAUCAUCAAUCAUCCAAAUGGACAAGAUGUUUAUCAUGGUGUCCCACAUGAUUAUACUGGCAAAGAUGUUACACCAAAAAAUUUCAUCAAUGUUCUAUUAGGAAACAAAGAAGCUAUGAAAGGUAUUGGUAGUGGCAAAGUUCUGGAAAGUGGCCCCGAUGAUAAUGUCUUCAUCUACUAUACAGACCAUGGUGCUGUUGGAUUGGUCGCUUUUCCCACCGGUGUUCUCUAUGCCACGGAUUUAAAUACAACUAUCACCAAAAUGCACGCCCAGAAGAAAUACAAAGAAAUGGUUAUCUAUAUUGAAGCAUGCGAAUCUGGUUCAAUGCUUGAAAACAUUCUUGCUGAUAAUAUCAAAAUCUAUGGAACAACUGCAUCUAAUGCCGAAGAAUCAUCCUAUGCUUGUUACUAUGAUGACAAACGACAAACAUAUUUAGGUGAUGUUUACUCGGUCGUCUGGAUGGAAGAUUCCGAUGUCGAAGAUCUUAGCAAAGAAACAUUAUUUCAACAAUUCACAGUUACAAAACAAAAGACUAAUACCAGCCAUGUCAUGCAAUAUGGUGAUCUUUCUCUCGGCAAAAUGGAUACUGUUGGCGAAUUUCAAGGUGAAAAGAGCAAUUCAGUUAAACCUAGCCGUAAUAUCUUGAAAGAUCGUUACAAUGAAUUACUCCGUCGUGAUGCUGUUCCAACUGAAGAUGUUCGUAUUUCAAUCGUUUCUCGUCGUUUAGCAGCAGCUGAUGAAAAUUCAGUCGAAAAAUCCAAUUUAGAACGUGAACUAAUUCAAUUACUCAACGAUCGUGCUACCAUCGCCACACGUAUUCAACAAAUUGCAUCGACAGCGUUAUCAAUGAACCGUGGUGAUUACCUCGAAAUGGUUACAACCAAACGUAUGCGACUCACUCAACAUGCCUGUUACAAAUCCGUUACUCAACGCAUUCAGAAGAAAUGCUUCGAUCUUCCAAAUGAAUUCGUCUUGAAUAAACUCUACAUUAUGGCUAACUUAUGUGAAAUCGGCCUAUAUGACUUUACCAUCAAUCAAGCUGUUGACCAAGUUUGUCAAGAACGUCUUGAUUUCGUCUAUUAA